AGCAAACCAGCAUAACAGCUCACAAACAAAAACAGAGGGAAAAAAAGAGACAAGAAAAAACACAGUAGUUUUAGUCUUUUAGAGAAAGGGUGAGGAGAGUCCCCCACAAACAUCUCUCUCGCUCUCUCUGUCACACAGUUAUUUCAACUCGUCAAACCCAAUAAACAACACUUGUUAUAAUUUCCUCAAUCCUGAAAGAACAAAAAAGCAAGAGAAGAAAAACCAGAGGAGAACAGGCAAGCAAAACUCAAGAGGCAGGGUUUUUUAAGGCAUGUAACAGAAUGGGCACAUUAAAAGACCAGCAGCCUCUCUCUUUUGCUAAGAAGUUCUUGCCAUGGACGGUCUAUGCUCUCCUUCCUAUUGCUCUAUUUCGAUUGUACUUCUAUCCUCUCCCUCAAUCACCCACCACCCCUCACAACAUUCUCUAUUCUUCUUCUCCUUACUCUCCUCCUUUUUCUCAAGAAGAGGAAAGUGCAAAUGAAUCACCACCACCAUGUGACUACACAAAGGGCAAAUGGGUUUAUGACAGAAUAGGCCCUCUCUACAAUGGCACCACCUGUGGUACAAUCAAAGAAGGUCAGAAUUGCAUCUCCCAUGGCAGACCUGACAUGGGUUAUCUCAAUUGGAGAUGGAAACCCAAGCAAUGUAAGCUCCCAAGGUUUGAUCCACACAAAUUUCUUCAACUUCUCAGAGACAAGCACUUGGCCUUUGUGGGUGAUUCCAUGGCUUGGAACCAAUUGGAGUCCCUUCUUUGUAUGUUAGCCACUGCUUCCACCCCCAAUCUGGUAUACACAAAUGGUCAGGAAAACAAGUUCAGGAGAUGGUAUUUUGCUUCUCAUAACAUCAAUGUAUCUGUGUAUUGGUCACCAUUUCUUGUCAAAGGUGUUGAGAAAUCAAAUUCUGGUCCAAAUCAUAAUCAAUUGCAUUUGGAUUCUGUUGAUGAGAAGUGGGCAGCUGAUAUGCGUCAGAUCGACAUGAUAGUUUUAUCAAUUGGGCAUUGGUUUCUACACCCAGCAGUGUAUUUUGAGGGUGAUUCAGUUCUUGGCUGUCAUUACUGCCCUGGUCUUAAUCACACUGAGGUUGAGUUCUAUGAUGUGCUAAGGAAAGCAUUGAAGACUACACUAAAGACCAUAAUUGAAAGAAAUGGUCCACAUGGGGAUGGAAUUGAUGUGAUCUUGACUACAUUUUCACCAUCACAUUUUGAAGGAGAUUGGGAUAAGGCUGGUGCUUGUUCUAAAACCAAGCCUUACAAGGAGAAGGAGAAGAAACUUGAAGGAAUGGAUGCUGAGAUGAGGAAUAUUGAGGUCCAAGAAGUUGAAGCUGCCAAGGCCAAUGCAAAGAAAUAUGGAAGGUUAAGGCUGGAAGCAUUGGACAUAACCAAGUUGUCGUUGAUGAGGCCGGACGGCCAUCCGGGGCCGUAUAUGCAUCCAUUUCCAUUUGCUAAUGGGGUUUCAGAUCAUGUCCAGAAUGAUUGUGUGCAUUGGUGCUUACCAGGUCCUGUAGAUACAUGGAAUGAGAUACUAUUAGAGGUCAUGAAGAGAUGGAAUGGUCAAUGAAGGAGAGAGAGGAGAAUUGGUCAUUGCAUAAAACUUUGAAUUGAAUCAGACAAUUGACUGACCUGUUUUGUUCUGUUUGGCUCUCCUGUAAUGAAAAAGAGAGAAUGUGUCAAAAGCCAGAACUGAUGAAGCAAACUUGAGAAUGAGAGCUUCAAGUGGUGCCAAAUACAGACCAAAUGUACACAAGAUCACACUGAGACAUAUACCAAACAAUAUGAUUUGUUUUGACAAAAGUUCAAGAAUUUUCAUUGCAAGGAAGUUUGUAUAUUUUAUUCAACUUCUCUUUCUUUAUCUUUUAUCUUUUGUAUUUUAAGUUGAAAGUUUGAUACAUGCACUGUUGUUUCCUUGAA